UCAGCGGCAGACAGACAGCAGUACAGUUGUGUGCCUGUACAGACGUGCGCUCUUUACGCACCGGAUUAAAACAGGAUGUAGCGGUUUACAACAUGAACUGCGGAAGCCCUCGCGACUCUACCCCGCUUUGACUCGAUAUGUGACGGCUAACUUCACCCAGAAAUGUCCGCGUCUACCACCACCACCAACCCUACGAGCAACGCGGAGGAUAAGCAGCAGCAGAAGCAGCAGCAGCAGCAGCAGACAGGAGCCGACCGAGCGAGGUGCACCGUCCCCGGGUCUCGCUGCUCCUGACGCCCGCUCCAUGCCUCCGCUUUACCGCUCUGUCCUCCACGCCUCUCCCCGUCCGCUCUGGUUCUUUUUUGGGUUAUAAGAAGAGGAAGCGACAAUGGCAAACGCGGGCGACUGCUGCGUAAAGGUGGCAUUGAGGAUCCGUCCUCAGAUGGCCAAAGAGAAGCUGGAGGGCUGUCAUGUGUGCACACUGGUGACCCCCGGAGAGCCCCAGGUGCUUCUGGGUAAAGACAAAGCCUUCACCUUUGACUUUGUGUUCGACCUGGACUCGGAGCAGGUGCAGGUGUAUGACAGCUGCGUGCACAGGCUCAUCGAGGGCUGCUUCGACGGAUACAACGCCACUGUCUUCGCCUACGGACAGACGGGUUCAGGAAAGACGUACACGAUGGGCACUGGGUUCGACGUGAGCCUCAGUCCCCCAGAGAAGGGCAUCAUCCCACGGGCCGUGCACCAGCUGUUCCAGGGCAUCCAAGCCAGACGGGAGACGGCGCAGGAGACAGGAGUACCACCGCCUGAGUUUAAGGUCUCCGCGCAGUUCUUAGAGUUGUACAAUGAGGAGAUCCUGGACCUGUUUGAUGGAACCAGAGACCUGGAGUCCAGGAGCCGGAAGUCCAACAUCAAGAUCCAUGAAGACGGGAACGGAAGCAUCUACACCACAGGGGUCACCUCCAGACUGGUGCACUCAGAGGAGGAGCUGUUGCAGUGUCUGAAGUUGGGCGCUCUGUCUCGGACCACGGCCAGUACUCAGAUGAACGCUCAGAGCUCACGUUCCCACGCCAUCUUCACCAUACACCUGUGCCAGAUGAGGAUAUGCACCACACAACAGAACGGAGGAGAGGAGAGCUUAGAGGUGAACGGUGUGGACUCGUCUCUUUCUCAGCCCGAGUAUGAGACACUGAUGGCCAAGUUUCACUUUGUGGACUUGGCUGGAUCAGAGAGACUGAAGAGAACUGGAGCCACAGGAGAGCGGGCCAGGGAGGGCAUCAGCAUCAACUGUGGACUGCUGGCUCUGGGAAAUGUGAUCAGUGCUUUGGGAGAUCAGACCAAGAAGGCGGCGCAUGUGCCCUACAGAGACUCCAAACUCACUCGACUCCUGCAGGACUCACUGGGAGGAAACAGUCGUACUGUGAUGAUCGCGUGUGUGAGUCCUUCAGACAGAGACUUCAUGGAGACUCUGAACACUCUGAAAUACGCAAACCGAGCCAGAAACAUCAAAAACAAAGUGAUGGUGAACCAGGACAAGACGAGUCAGCAGAUCAGCGCUCUGCGGGCAGAGGUGGCACGACUGCAGAUGGAGAUACUAGAGUACAAGGCUGGUAAGCGUGUGGCGUGUGAGGACGGCUCUGAGGGCUUCAGUGAUCUGUUCCAGGAGAACUCCAUGCUGCAGCGAGAGAAUGACACUCUCCGGCUCAGGGUCAAAGCCAUGCAAGAAACUAUUGACCAUCUGAACAGCAGAGUGAGCCACCUGCUGGCCAACCAAGUCAGCCACCUGCUCACCAAGUCCAGUGAGGGGAACGAGGAGAUUGGAGCCCUGGUCCAAAACUACAUCAGAGAAGUUGAAGAACUAAGGUCUAAGCUUUUGGAGAGUGAAGCCAUGAACGAGUCCCUGCGUCGUCAGCUGACCCGGCUCUCCUCUCGAGCCCCCUUCCCCUCAGGCCCCACCCCCGGCCCCGUCGGCAUGGAGACAGAGACCAGCGACGUGAUUCGCCGAGCCAAACUGGACAUCGAGAGGCUGAAGAAGGAGAGGAGGCAGAGGAGGAUGAGCCCAGAGAUGGAGAAGGGUCUGAAGAAGCGAGUGAAGCUCCACACUCAAGAGAACGGAGAGAACGGCCACGGAGGAGACGAAAACGGACAGAAUGGACAGAACGGAGAGAUCGACUCGGACGACAACUACACAGAGGACCUAAUGUCUCCACUGCAGGAGGAGAGUGGCUGUGAGGAGGGGGAGGAGGAGGGGGAGGAGGAGGAGGGCAGAGAGGAGGAAGACUUCGACAGCGAUGAGAGCUGUGUGGACUCAGACUCCGACUCGGACGACAAAGCAGGUAACCUGCAGGCAGACCUGGCAGAGCUGACCUGUGAGAUGGAGAUAAAGCAGCGUCUGAUCGAUGAACUGGAGAACAGUCAGAGACGACUCCUGACUCUGAAACUCCAGUAUGAAGAGAAACUGAUUCUACUGCAAAACAAGAUACGAGACACACAACUGGAGAGAGACAGAGUACUGCACAAUCUCAUGUCUAUGGAGAAUUACACAGAGGAGAAGGCCAGUAAGGUGAAGCAGGAGUACGAGAAACGACUCAAAGAAAUGAACCGCGAUCUGCAGAAACUCCAGGCUGCACAGAAAGAACACGCCAGACUACUGAAAAACCAGAGCCGCUACGAGAGGGAGCUCAAGAAACUGCAGGGAGACCUGGAGGACAUGAAGAAAGCCAAGGUGGCGCUGAUGAGGCAGAUGAAGGAGGAGCAGCAGAAGAGGAAGUUGGUGGAUGCCAAAAGAAACCGAGAAAUCGCACAGCUCAAGAAGGAACAGCGCCGCCAGGAGUAUCAGAUCCGGGCUCUGGAGUGUCAGAAGCGUCAGCAGGAGCUGGUGUUGAGGAGGAAGACGGAGGAGGUGAGCGCUCUUCGCAGACUGGCCAAGCCUCUGUCGGAGCGCGCGGCCGGGAGGGUCGUCCAGCGCUGGAGCCACGCCUCUCCGGACUCGGGGGCCGAACUGUCCGCCUCCACCCCUGCGUCUGAGCCCGAUUCCGGGAGAGCGUCGGUCAGCGGCCUGGUGCGCCACUGGAACAACAAGAACAACAUGUACGGAGGAUACCUGGCUGAGAGCGAGGGCAGCAUGGACGGCACCAGGGUCAUCGGCAGCAGGAGGAAACUGGUGCGUAAACCCGCCCUCCUCCCUCACCUUAGCCCCACCCACAGAGCUGGCUCCGCCUCUAAAAUGGCACGUCAGAAAUGGCAGACGCUGGAACGAAGGAUCAGGGACAUCGUGGUGCAGAGGAUGACCAUCGCCAACGUGGAGGCCGACAUGGACAGACUCAUAAAGAAGCGAGAGGAGCUGAUUGCCCAACAGGAGGCGCUGUCCCAUAAAAGGGAGGUGCUUAUGGCGGAGGGGGAGGGGCCAGAGGCUGAGGACCGCCUCCUUCAGGAAAUAGGUGAAGACAUGGAAGUUCUGAACGCAAACAUCGACUACAUCAACGACAGCCUGUCUGACUGUCAGGCCACGAUCGUGCAGAUCGAGGAGACCAAGGAUGAGCUGGACUCUGUGGACACGUCUGUGGUCAUCAGCUCUUGUUCUUUGGCUGAAGCGCGCCACCUGCUGGACCAUUUCCUCAAAGCGUCCAUAGAUAAGAGUUUGCAGGUGGCGCAGAGGGAGUCUCAGAUCCGCCUGUUGGAGGGGCAGCUCAGACAGACCGAUGUGAUUGGCUCCUCCCAGAAUCACAUGAUCCUGGACGCGCUCAGAGAGAAGGCCGAGUGUAUCCCAGAACUCCAGGCUCUCAUACACAACGUAACACAGGAAAACGGCUACACCAGCACAGAUGAGGAGCCCUCUGAGUUCAGCCAGGCCUCAGACUGCAGUGUGUCCCAGAUGAAGGAGUCCAACAGUCAGGACGAUUUCAAGAUGAAGGUCAUGCAGUCGGAGCCCCGCUUGUCUGCUCAGAUAAAGGCGAUUUCCGCAGAGUGCUUAGGUCCUCCGUUGGAUGGUGGUAGUAGUAGUGGUAGUAGCAGUAAAGUGCAGUACAUCACAAAGUCCCUGGCAUCUCUGACCGAUAUCCAAGAGGACGGUCUGAGCUGUGUGAGCUUCAGUCUGUCCCUGAGAGAACCAACGCAGAGAGAGAGGGCCUCCAGAACCAUCAGCCUGCCCAUACGAGGACACACUUUCCCGCGUCAGUCUCGGGGAUAUGACACGUCUCCUCUCACCAGGAGGAAGUCCUACGACCGUCCGUACAGACCCACCGAUGGCUACACUCCUCCAUCUUCUCCUCCGCUCAGAACCAGGAAUGACAGAAAUGUCUUCUCUCGUCUGACCAGUAACCAGGCCCAAGGCUCGGCUCUGGACAAGGGUGUGAUCAGUCCUCUAGGGGGUGUGAAGGGCACCAGGACGGCCCCUCUGCAGUGCGUGUCUGUGGCUGAGGGACACUCCAAACCCGUGCUCUGUGUGGACGCCACCGACCAGCUGCUCUUCACCGGCUCCAAAGACCGCACGUGUAAGCUGUGGGACCUGGGCACGGGGCAGGAGGUGGUCACUCUCAAGGGACAUCCCAACAACGUGGUGUCUGUGAAAUACUGCUCCUCCUCUGGCCUGCUCUUCUCUGUGUCCUCGUCUUACAUCAAGGUCUGGGACAUCAGGGACGCCAACAAGUGUGUGCGGACGCUCACAUCUUCAGGUCAGGUCGUCAUGGGUGACGCUUGUGCCGGUACCACCACACGCACCAUCACAUUCGCUCAGGGCGAGUGUCAGAUUAACCAGAUCUCCCUGAACCCGUCUGGAUCUGUGUUGUACGCGGCCGCAGGCAACUCUGUGCGCAUAUGGGACCUGAACAGGAUGUGUGCGAUGGGGAAGCUCACAGGACACAUCGGCUCCGUCAUGUGUCUCACUGUGGGACAGUCUGUGCUCGGGAGAGACCAGGUCAUCACCGGAUCCAAAGAUCACUAUGUGAAGGUGUUUGACGUAGCAGAAGGAACUCUGGGAAAUGUAGGCCCGGCUCAUAACUUUGAGCCUCCUCACUACGACGGGAUCGAGUGCCUGUCCGUGCAGGGAGACGUGCUCUUCAGCGGCUCCAGGGACAAUGGCAUCAAGAAGUGGGACCUGGAUCAGCAAGAACUAACCCAGCAAAUCCCCAACGCUCACAAGGACUGGGUGUGUGCUCUGGCGCUGGUCCCGGGGCGCCCCCUGCUGCUCAGUGCCUGUCGUGGCGGGAUGCUCAAAGUGUGGAACGUGGACAACUUCAGCCCUAUAGGAGAGGUCAGAGGUCACGACAGCCCCAUCAACGCCAUCUGCACCAACGCCAAGCACAUCUUCACCGCCGCCAGUGACUGCCGGGUGAAGCUGUGGACAUAUGAGCCUGGUUUAACCCCGUGUUUACCGAGGAGGGUUCUGGCCAUAAAGGGCCGAGCCACCAGCCUCCCCUGAGCCUGACUCCUCUUCUGCGACAAGACGGUGAAGAUCUGGCUGUCAAAGGUGUCGAGAAAAAGGUGACAAAACCAAAAAAUUCAAACGGCAGCCAUGUUGUCUUCCCCAACUUCAAAACAAGACGCCAAACUUUAAGAAACUUUUUUCUACAACAAUCGAUUUCAAAACCAGGAUUAAGGACCGUGUUUUUGAUCCUUCACUUUCUUUACUGCCAAUUUUCAAGUGCCAUUCUUGCAUGACUGGAAAAAGAAAAAAAAUAACUUGAAGUACGUGAUGCGAGGAUUUUAUGGCAAAACAAGUGUCCUUUUUUGAGCAACAAACAAACUUUUCUGUGGAUAUUAGAAGAUUUAUAAUUUUCCUUAAUGACUUAAAACUGAAUUUGUACUGGAUGAACUCAACAUUGUAAAUACGUUUUUGAAGUACUUUUUGCAAUAUUGUAAACUAAGACUAUACUUCAAGAUUUCAACAAACGUCUGAGCCAAUAGGAUUUCACAAUUUUAUUUUAUUUAUUUAUUGUCCCGCCUACCUCAGUGGACUUGGAGGAAUCAACUUUUUACGGGUUUGGAUGUGCAAAUGUUUGGUGCUCAACUCAUUUUAAUAGGUACACCUGUUCUAAAGACACAUAUUUAAAGUUGUACUGUGUGACUUUUCUGGGUAACUAUUUCUGUCACCAUGGAGAUGUGAUUACUUCACUUGAAAUGCACCGCAGUAUGGCAUUAAACUCGUCUAUCACCUUGGAGAAAAGCAGAAGACACCACAGAGCCAAGUAGCCACAGAAGCUCUCGGUUUUAAAUAAAUGUAAGAUUGAUAAGUUUAA